AUGUCCGAAUUGGAGGAUAAGAAGCGUGUCAGAGACUUUUCCGGCGAAAAUAGCGCUCCAGCUGACUCUUCAGAGCCUUCGAAAGAUGAGCAUCAGGAUAAAAAGUCAAAGCUCGAGACGGUGGAACAGAAAAGUGCCACAACCUCUGAUGGGAUUACAGAGCGCGAUGUAGGGAUUACAUGGUUUCUUACACCAAAGCUUGCAGGGUUUUCAGGCCAGAUCAAACAAAGAUACACAGAUUUUUUGGUCAACGAGAUAGACAAGCAAGGUUCUGUAGUACAUCUGACGGACAAGGGAUUCAAGAUGCCUAAGCCACCCAAGAAGACGAAAUCUGAAGAGGCCGAGGAAGAAAAAGCGGAAUUGGAGAAGCGUAAAUCUUUUAAGGUGGACGACGAACUGAGAGCCAAGCUUGUCGACGUGCUUGGUGAAUCGGAUGUGGCCAAGAUCGAAGAUGUCUACAGAAAUGUCACCAAGAUGGAGACAACAAAGCGUUUCGAAGACAAGGCCGAACGUACUCAACUUCACCAGCUUCUACGUGCUGCUUUCAACAAUCAGCUGGAAUCAGUCACAUCUCCCGAAAAUACCUUUCAUGUUGCACUUGCAACUCGCAAGUCUCGUGUCAGUCGCAAGGAUAUGAUUGAACGCACCAAGGAUGCCAAUGGGGUUGAGAAUUGGGGCUAUGGCCCAACCAAGGAGUUUGUUCAUUUCACUACUUAUAAGGAGAAUAAAGACACUAUGGAUGUUGCCAAUAUCCUAGCCAGAUAUUUGAGAACCCCCACUAGGUUGAUCAGAUACGCUGGAACAAAAGACCGCAGAGCUAUUACAUGCCAGCGUAUGUCAGUCUCGAAGAUCGGCGUGGAAAGAUUGAACGCCUUGAACAGAGUACUGAAAGGUGUGACAUUAGGCGGGUUUAGCUUUGAGGAUGAGUCUCUCAGUCUAGGUGACCUGCAAGGCAACGAAUUUACCAUCGCGAUUAGAGAUGUGGAGGUUUCGAAAGACGCUGGCUUGCCCUUGGAAAAAAUUUUGGAGGAAAGUUGUUCCGCGAUUAGAAACAACGGGUUCAUCAAUUAUUUUGGGAUGCAACGUUUCGGCACAUUCAGUGUUUCCACUCACGAAAUCGGUAAGUGGAUUUUGCGCGGUGACUGGAAGAAGGUGGCUGAUUUGAUUCUCGCCGAGCAGGAGAAUGUUCUGCCCAUUUCCAAAGAGGCAAGAAAAAUUUGGUCCGAUACUCAAGAUGCCGAAGCCGCUAUCGGUAAGAUGCCACGUCAGUGCGUUGCAGAAAAUGCUAUCUUGAACUGUUUUGUCGAGCAGCAAAGAAAUGGCUCAACAUCGCUGGACUAUUUCCAGGCCAUUAACAAAAUUCCCCGGAAUUUGAGAACCAUGUAUGCCCACGCUUACCAAAGUUACAUCUGGAAUGCAGUGGCCAGCAAGCGUAUAGAGCUUUUUGGCUUGAAGAUUGUUGCUGGUGACUUAGUGCUAGACUCAGGUGCAAAUGAAACGUCUGAAGAUGUUAAAGAGGGCGCAAAUGUGGAUACCAAUGAGGAAGAUGAGGAUUUCGCAGAGGAUUUGCGUGAAGCCCAAUUUGUGAGAGCGAGACCGGUCACCCAGAGUGAGGUAGAGUCUGGCAAGUACAGCAUUGAAGACGUGGUGUUGCCCACUCCCGGGUUUGAUGUUGUCUACCCUGGCAACGAGACCCUGCGCCAGCUAUACGUGGACGUGAUGAAGAAGGAUGAACUAGAUCCUUUCGACAUGAGACGCAAAGCUCGUGAUUUCUCUCUGGCUGGGUCUUACAGAAAUGUGAUUCAUAAACCUACCAAUCUCGAAUACAAGAUUCUGCACUACUCAUCGCCAACUCAACAGCUUGUGAACACUGAUUUGGAAAUUCUUAACAACCAGAAGGGCAAGGAAAACGGCCAGAGAUUUAUGAAGGACAAGUUGAACCGUUUCCCAGAGGAUAAAGGCGGUGACAGCACCGCCGUGAUACUGACGUUCAGACUCGGAGUUUCUGCAUACGCAACAAUGCUUUUGCGCGAACUUAUGAAAAUCGAAUCCUCUCGUCGUGGUGAUAUGUGUGCUGUUAGAUCAUGA